UUAAUUUUUUUUUUUAAUGUUUUCGAGUACAGGGGAUCAAAAGAGCUUCCGGUUAAAACAGAAGUCCCGACUCCACGACUUCGGCUGAAAAAGUAAAGAAAAAUCAGAUCCAACGGCUAACAAAUCAUAAUGAAAGUGAAAUAGAUACGAGAUGGUGCUUUAGAUAUCUUGAAAAUUGUUGUUAGCCAACAGCAAUCGUACUUACGCAUCUGUAAAAUCGUACCGGGGACAUGGCACUUAAAUCAGGGAGGAAGGUGAAACCGUCCCCAAGUUCCAAAGCUUCUGCCCUCAAACUCUUGAAAAAUCCGAAAAUAGCCUUUUCCUUGGCAUUAAUUGUCUUGGAUGCUCUCCUAGUUGCUCUUAUCAUCGCCUACGUUCCCUAUACAAAGAUUGACUGGGACGCUUACAUGUCACAGGUAACUGGAUUUCUUCAAGGAGAAAGGGACUACAGUAACUUGAAAGGUGAUACAGGGCCGUUGGUCUACCCAGCUGGCUUUCUUUAUAUUUACUCUGCCAUUCAAUAUAUUACAGGAGGGGAGGUCUAUCCUGCUCAGAUAUUCUUUGGCUUGUUAUACAUCAUUAAUUUGGGUAUCGUCUUAUUCAUCUAUGUGAAGACUGGUGUGCUUCCAUGGUGGGCUCUUAUCUUGCUUUGUCUCUCCAAAAGAGUGCACUCAAUCUUUGUACUGCGUCUCUUUAAUGACUGUUUUGCAAUGACACUUCUCCAUGCUGCAUUGGCCUUACUUAUUUACCAACGGUGGUAUAUUGGGCUGAUUUUUUUCAGUGGGGCUGUUUCAAUAAAGAUGAAUGUGCUUCUUUAUGCUCCCUCUUUAUUGCUUCUUAUGUUGAAGGCUAUGGAUAUUACUGGGGUGAUAUUGGCUUUAGCUGGUGCAGCGCUAGUGCAGAUUCUAUUGGGGUUUCCCUUUUUAGUCUCCUAUCCGAUUGCAUAUAUUUCAAGAGCAUUCAACCUUGGGCGUGUCUUCAUCCACUUUUGGUCUGUUAACUUCAAGUUCGUUCCGGAACAUGUUUUUGUAUCAAAGCAAUUUGCUGUCUCCUUGCUGAUUGCUCACCUUGGAUUGCUUGCAGCUUUUGCCCAUUAUAAAUGGUGCAAGCUUGAAGGAGGGCUUUUUAACUUUUUGCAUUCAAGAAUUUGGCGAUCAUCUGCUCUUACAAGUAUUAGUAGUUCCCCCAUUAAGAUUCUCAAGGAAGAACAUAUUAUGACAACUAUGUUUUCGGGGAACUUCAUUGGCAUUUUAUGUGCCCGCUCGCUGCAUUAUCAAUUCUACUCAUGGUACUUCUAUAGCUUGCCUUAUCUAUUGUGGAGAACGCGUUUCCCUACAUUGCUACGUUUGGUUCUGUUUGCAGGUGUGGAGUUUUGCUGGAACGUUUAUCCUUCCAACAUUUUUUCAUCUGCAUUGCUUCUAUGUCUCCAUUUAGUUAUCCUCUGGGGUCUGUGGUCAGCUCCAUCUGAAUACCCUUACGUGGAGGACAAAUUUUCGACCAGACAGAAGAACAGAUGAAGACCCUUUUUUCUUUCCUUUUCUUCGAGAUUUUAUUAAGGUGUCUUUUAUUGAAGUCUAAAUUAGUACAAAAUAUUACUUCUGAAUAGAAAACAGAGAGAAAAGGAUAGCAGCUGGAAGCUGGUGCUGUUCUUGAUUGUAUUGUCUUUUUCACUUCAAAUUUUGAAUGAGAAUUGGCGCUCCCAUUCCAUUUAUUAAA